CAACAAAGAUCUUCAUUUGAGAUAAAUGAUCUUCAAACUGAGGAUUUGAAAAUGGGUUACUGUUCUAGUAACUCUUCAAUUAUAUUUUAAAAUAUUUUUGUAUUUUACAUUUUUGUCUUCAACUAUAAUAAUAAUAAUAGUUAAUUAUUAGCAUUAUUUUUAUAAAGAAAUAAUAUAUACAACUUAAAAGUAUUGAACACAGUAAGUAUAAAUAUAUUUUUAUUAAAACGAAAAAUACUAAAACAAAAUAAAGCAUAACUUAAAGGUCCCUAACUUAAAUCAUGGAAACAAUAAAAAUAUAAAUAAAUAAUACAAUCAUUCCAUCAUUCCAUCAUUAAUCAAUGCAUUUCGAAAUGACAAAGGUCCUAUUUGAAAAUUCUGUAUUAAAACUGUUGAAAUCAAGUUUUAUUGAUUGCAUUUCUAACGGCGUUCUUUCAAAAUUGAUUGCAUUGUCAUAACAUCUUAACAAUUUAUGUUCUUACUGUGGUUUGUUCCUUCACCGUUUGAGAUGCAAGAAUUAUAAAUGAGAAGAAAAUAAAUAAGAUAAAAAGAGGAAGAAGAGAAAGAAGAAAAGUAAAAGAAACUAUUAGGAUGAUUCUAUGAUGUUCUUACAUAAAGUUCAAUCCAUGAUGCACACAUCCAAGAAGAAAUGUCAUGUUUUUGGCAACUUUUUUGAUCGUUCACUCAAAACAUGUCCCAUCUAAACUACACCAUCUACUCUUCGCCCCUCCACUCUACACAUGUCCACGGUAUGCCAACCUACCCAAUCAUCCAUGAAAUUCCCGUCCAAAAUAAAUCUAUCGAGAACUCACUAAUUCAUAACCCAUUUUAUCUGUUUUCAAACUUAACCAGUGAGUGUUGCAUUUUGCAGGACCAUCCAUCCAUCCAAGCCUCACCCAUCCAUGAGCGUGACAUUGUCCAGACUUAACUCAUACACAUAUCACCCAUUAAAGUCUCACCCAUUGACGUUACACCCAUCCUUGCGAACGUCCACCAAAUGUCAUCCACAAUUUUGUCAAAUACAACCCUUGUAUCCUCAAAACAAAUACAACCCUUGUAUCCUCAAAACAAAUCUUUAACUUUUAUAAGUUUGCAAAGGUGGUCAUACAAAUGUGUCAAUACAUUUCAAACAUCCCUCACAAACUGUAUUCUAUGAUAUCAUGUCUAUGAUUUAUAAUUUUUCAAAACUUGUUCGCAGAAACAUGUCCACAAUCCACGCAAUAUUGUAAUGAUAUCAAUAUAUUAUUUUCUAUGAUAUACAAUUUAUCAAGACAUGUCUACUAUAUUAUUGAAUAAUUUAACAUCAUUAACUAUUACAUAUAUAAUUAAAUUAAUGUAAGCACACAAAUUAAAACAAUUAGUGUUAUUUAUUACAAACAUUUUACGGUAAUUUAAUCUAAAAAUCAUUUUUUCUAUUUUAUAUGAUAUAUAAUUAAAUUUCAAUGAUUUUAAUAUAGAUAUAAAGUAUAGUUUUCAUAGGAUAUCUGUUAAAUUAUAUUUUCUACUCAUAUGGUUUUAUGAUCAUUUGUUUUUUUAUAAAAAAAAUUUAAAUUAUUGAUAAAAAAAUUUUAUUAUGAGACUUUUAAUAGUUUUAAUAAUAUAUCAUCGUUCGUAAAAGUUCAAUGUUAUUUUUUAAAUUAAAUAUUAAGUUUUCAAUACUUUUUUUUGAAAAAAAAAGCUUAAGUUUUCAAUACUUGUUCGAUGCAAAUUUUGAAAUUUAAUUAUAUACUUUAUAUAGUAUCUAGUUUAAUUUAAAUGAUAUUAAAUAUAUAUAUAUAUUUUUUUUUUUAAUCUGAACAAGUCUUAUAACUACAAAAUAUAAUUUUGAUACUAAAUAUCUAAAAUUUUAAAAUCAUUUAACUAUUAAAAAUAUAUCAUAAGGAUAUAAACAAGAUCCUAUGUCAAUGAAUAUUUACCAAAUAAAAAAGUUAAACCAUUGAUCAUAAAAUUAUACAUGAUGGUUAAAUUGUAUAUUUACUAUUAUAUGCAUUGAAAUCUCCACAAAAUAAAUUAAAAUCAAACUAAAGUUUGUUAACUUUCUCAUAAAUAUAUUUACUGCCAUACUGACAUCAAUGACAUAUGAAUAUACAUAAAAUUUUAUGAAUUAAUUAAAUUAUACUUUUGAGAACUAAACACUAUAGGUUAACAUUAAAUAUAUAGUAAAAAAAUAUAAUCCACGCAAGUAGUAAGUUAAUAUCUAUUAAAUGCGACUUUUUACUCAUAUGGUUUUGUGAUCAUUUGUAUUAUGUUAUAAAAAAAUUAAACCAUUGAUCACAAAAAAAAAUUCAAUAUGGAAUUUUUAACAGAUUUAUUAAUUUUACUGUCGCUUUUUAAAACUAAAAAUAUAAGAUAUACGAAAAAAAUAUAAAAUUUAUAUUAUAUUGCUGAUGUGAUUUAUUAUUUUAUUUUAAUAAUAUAAAAUUAAACAAAAAAUGAUAGAAGAUACAUAAAUUGUUAUCACAUUUUAUCACUCAAAAUCAUUCAUUUUCAUAUAUAUUUUAAUUACAUUAGGGAUAUUUAUUCAAACAUCUCUAUUUACCUUGUUAAAUUUGGUAUUAAAUGAUAUUUUGUGUGGAUUUGGCUGUUAAUAGAUAAAGCGUUUAAAUUAUUACUCUUCUAAAUAAGUUUCCAUCCACUUUGGAACCGAAUUAGAUUUGACUGUGUCAUUCAUUCUAAUUCUGAAUUUGCUUCGGACAAAACACACACGAGCAAGUUGGACAUAAACGACACCGUACUAAAUUGUUGACAUGGUAGAAUUUUCAUGGAAGCUUUCUUCUUUUGCUUGGUUCUUAAAAGUCAUUCAAUGGUCGACCCGUAGUAGACUCACGCACGACAGAACCACGCAUGGCUACGCUUCAAUAUACACUCACAAUCUCUUAUCUCAUCUCCAUCACCCUCAAUCCUUCAACAAUUCGCUAAAGAUUUUAUUUUUGACACGAAAAAGUUAUUUCAUUGUUCAAAACUUGAAGUAGUCCGUGUAACCAGACCCGAACAUAACAACUUAUAAAACCAAAUCUCUAUCUCUAUGAAAAAAACUAGCCAUUUUGCUGAAAGAUCUACAUCUAAUUCAAUUUGACGGCUAAGGCGCACGUGUCGUACUUUGCUCCGGAGAUAUUGGCGUGCUAUGUGACCGGAUCUUUGAUGUUUAUCCAUAGAUUCGGAGCUUGCUACCUUGGGCUGCGAGACAUCCCUUUUGGACAGAAAUAGUUGAGCUUCGCAGAUGAGCUGUGUUGUAUGUUUAGUCCAUCGUGAAUGGACCUUUUUGGGCCAAAUUUAUGUGAUAAACUCGUCUCCAACAGACAGCAGGGUAAUGCCUGUGCCGGUGGGAUUGUCUCUGACCAUCUUUGAUCUUUCUUGGUGUUGCUUUUUAAUUCCUUACAGACGGUGCAAUUGUUAAUUCUAAAUUCGACACGUACGAGAUGAAGGCACAAAUUCGAUGGUGAAUUAUUUGAAAGACGUUUAUAUUGAUUAAUCAAAGGUGAUUGCAAGGAAAAAAAGACAAUAAAAUCGUUAAGAGAUGAUUAAAUCGACAAGAACAUUGUUGUAUAAACUCUAGUUCUUGUGCCAAUCAUCACAAAAACUAUAAAAGAUCAUUGGUCACACAAUUUUCAAUAAAAUUAAAACUAAUAUACAUGAUAACGAAAGAACAACACAUGUCAUAAUUUAAAAUGAUGAGAAAAAUAAUAGAUCAAAUAAAAUAAGUUGAGAAGAGUAUUUCCUUUGAGGGGCCACUGUUAAUAGAGUGUCAACUCUAUUAAUUUUCUUGCAAUUUGUAAAUCUUACUUGCAUUGUAAAGCAUCCUUCUCUUUGGGUUUAUUACACUGGUGUUAUUCCAAUUUAGAUCCAUUUAUAUUCUUUGGUUUAAAAUCUAAUAUAUUGAUUCGAUCAUAAAAAAAUAAGAAUUAAAAAAAUAAUUUAUAACGAAUGAAUAUUGUCAUACAAAAAAAAAUAUACCUCUUCCACUUGUAUUGUUGUGUUUCUCUUUGAUGUAUUCCAUGAUUUUAGCGAUAUGUUUUGAUUCCAAAUAUAUGUAUCAAAACGUAAAUUCGAAACAUUCUUCCUUGAUUGAAAGAAGACUUCUUCUUUUGAUCUCGAACUCCUCUUCCCCUUGUUGAAUCCAUGGUGGUUUUUAGUGCACGUUGUUUCCUUAACAAAUAUGUUAAGAUUUGUUUCAAACACCAGAAAGUUAUUAUGUACGUAAGAUAACCACCAAAAAUACUUGAUUCUGCAUUCAACCCAACAAUAUUGGUUGUCUUCUCGUCGAUCAUGGCCAAAACAGCCACGCCGGAUAUUGUAACAGCAAAUUGGAAAACAGAAUUGAAUCCGCCACAAGUAGAAUUGAAAACCUUCUCAACUACAGAGAAGACGAAGGACACAUAAGUAUCGUGAUACUCCAUUGGCGCAUUUAUUCAUGCCUGGACCAAAAGCAAAUAAGAAUUGCGAGAAGAAGACAACGUGUUCAAAACGGCACUAACCACUUUGUUAUUGCCUAGUGGCUUUUUUUUUUUUGUAGUAUCUCCGUUCCUUAUAGAUCCAUUUCUUAGAAAAAAAAUCUGUUUCAAAAAGAUAUAUUUUUUACAUUUUUAAGACAUUAAUUAAUGAAAAAUUGUAUUUUCAAAAAAUACAAUUGUGUUUAAUAAAAUCUCAUUGGUUAAAAAUUAUUGAGAAUAGUUAAUUAAGAAAAACAAUAUAUUAAAAAAUACAAUUUUAAAUGUUUUCUUAAUAAGUAUGAAAAAUUAUAACAUAGAUUUUUUUAGGAACGGAUGGAGUAUUUGCUUAUCAAGAUUUGUACCACUUGACUCUUGAGUUAUUAAUAAAACAUAAAGUUAACAAUAUCCCAAAGUUUCUUAAUGAGAAUUUUUUUUUGUAAUUCUCUCUCUCAACUUCUGUAGUUUUUCUUUCUGAAAUGGAUAAGAUACCGUAUGAUUUUCUGCCGAUGGAGAAGCUCUAGUCAUCUCUAUUCUCGUUUCCACUUCUAAGACUUACCUUAAAUACAACUUUCCACACAUAAAAAUGUCUUUAUCCCCUAAUCCUCUAUCGUCUUAGCUUAUGAUCCUUAUUGUUCUAGCAUCCCGACAAAACAAAAUUCCAUUCACCGGACAAUGUAGAAAUUUCACGGAAACUUUUCUUCUUUUGCUUGGUCUCAAAAGUCAGUCAACGGUGGACCCGUAGUAGACUCACUCACCACAGCACCACCCAUGGUUCUGCAUCAAUUAUACGCUCAUCAUCUCUUAUUUUCGUUUUCGUCAUUAUACACUCUUCUUCUCCUAUCUUCAUCUCCCUCAUUCUCAAUCCUUAAAAAAUUCUCAUAUAUCAGUUCCAAUGAUCAGUCACGCUCUGUUAGUCAUCUGUAUUCUCGUUUCCGCUGCCGUCCUAGGACUAGGAGAUGCAACAGCAGCAUAUAAGCCUACCGAUCUCUUUCUCAUCAACUGUGGCACUAGCUCUGACACCAUAGACUCUCAAAGCCAAACAUGGACGUCGGAUCAGCAGCAUCUUCUCACGUCAAAGUUAAAAAAUCUUUCGUUCUCUUCAGAUGCAUCGUACCAAGAAGAGGUUCCUCAAGUGCCCUACACGACGGCUCGCAUAUUCCUAUCCAACGUCAACUACAGUUUUCCAGUCUCUCCCGGCUGGAAAUAUCUCCGGUUGUACUUUUACCCGACCCGGUACGAAUCUGGUUUUGACACCGCAAGUUCCUUCUUCUCCGUCACAGUUAACGGGUUCACUCUCUUGAAGAACUUCAGCGCCGACUUAACGGUAAAAGCUUCCAAGUCGAAAUCCUUAGUCAAAGAGUUUAUCGUUCCGGUUAACCAGACUCUGAAUCUCACGUUCAUGCCGUCUCCGAGUUCGUUAGCUUUUGUUAACGGCAUCGAGAUUGUCUCCAUGCCUGAUGGGUUUUACUCAAAGGGAGGCUUUGACAAUAUGAUAACGAACGUUGGUAGUACCAUUGACUUCAAUAUCAAAAACACGACUGCUUUCGAGACUGUUCAUCGGAUAAACGUUGGCGGGCAAAUGGUGGAUGAGGUCGGUGACACUGGAAUGUUCCGGCGGUGGCUUCCGGAUGAUGAUGUCAUACUAAGUGAGAAUUCAGGAAUCAUACCGGUUGUACCGGGUGUGAAGAUAAACUACACAGAGAAGACUCCCCCUUAUGUUGCGCCUGAAGAUGUGUACAAGACGUAUCGUACGAUGGGGAACGUGGACAACCCUGAAAUCAACCUGAAUUUCAACAUGACGUGGCUCUUUACAGUUGAUGCUGGGUUUCUAUACCUAGUUAGGCUUCAUUUCUGUGAGACUCUAGCUGAAGUGAACGGACCUGGCCAGCGUAUCUUCACCAUCUUCCUCGGGAAUCAGAUUGCAAAGCAGGAAAUGGAUGUGAUUGACAUGAGCGGUGGUUCUCGGAUUCCGAUGUAUCUAGAUUUCAAUGUAUUGGUUGGUUUUGAAAAUGGUCCAAGACCUGAUCUACGACUUGGCUUGCAUCCUUACGCGGAUAUUUUUCCAAAGUAUUACGAUGCUAUUCUGAAUGGUGUAGAGAUUCUGAAGCUGAAUAGUUCCGAGGGUAGUCUCGCUGGACCUAAUCCAAAUCCUCUAGUAUCAUCCGACCAAACACCAAAUCAUGUAAAGCCUUCGGCAAGAAAAGGUAAUAAUUCACAUGUUUUGGUGAUAACUCUGGCAGUGGUUGGUUCUUCAGUUGUCCUAGCGACGUUUGUUUCUGUCAUUGCGUUGUUGCGUAAGAAGAAGAAAACGAAAGACGUUCCUUUACAUACAACAAGCAAGCCUACGGACUCGUGUUCUCCUCUUACCACAUAUCUCUGCCGUCGAUUCUCCAUCUUCGAAAUCAAAUACGCCACAAAUGAUUUCGACGAGAAGCUAAUCGUUGGAACAGGCGGGUUUGGUUCGGUGUACAAAGGACGAAUAGACGGUGGAACCACACUAGUGGCGGUUAAACGGUUGGGAAUUGCAUCGAAACAAGGCGCUAAAGAGUUCAAAACAGAGCUCGAGAUGCUCUCAAAGCUACGUCAUGUACACCUCGUUUCUCUAAUAGGAUAUUGCGACGACGAGAACGAGAUGGUGCUUGUCUAUGAGUAUAUGCCACGUGGUACUCUUAAAGACCAUCUUUACAAAAGGAAUAAGGCUAGUGAUCCUCCUUUGUCGUGGGAACGGAGGUUAGAGAUCUGCAUCGGAGCGGCGCGUGGGCUACAAUAUCUCCACACAGGCGCCAAGCAUGCGAUCAUACAUCGAGACAUCAAAACAACCAACAUACUUCUUGAUGAGAACUACGUAGCUAAAGUCUCUGACUUUGGGCUAUCAAAAGUGGGUCCAACUAGUGAAUCUCAAUCCCACGUCUCAACGGUCGUUAAAGGAACGUUUGGUUACUUGGAUCCUGAGUACUAUCGCCGUCAAGUCUUGACGGUAAAAUCGGAUGUGUACUCUUUUGGACUUGUUAUGUUCGAAGUUUUGUGUUGCAGACUGAUCAAUAUCGAGAUUGUUCCACAAGAACAAUCAGAUUUGAUCAGAUGGGUGAAGUCAAAUUAUAUAGGAGGAACUCUUGAUCAGAUCAUUGACCCAGAUCUAGCUGUCGAUAUCACUAUGAUAUCAUUAGAGAAGUUCUGUGAAAUUGCUGUGAGAUGUGUUCAAGAUCGUGGUACUGAAAGGCCACCAAUGAACGAUGUCGUUUGGGGACUUGAGUUUACACUUCAACUUCACGAGACAGCUAAGAAAAACAAUGAGGGAGGGACGAUGACAGACGCAGAAGCUUUGUUAAGUAAGACUGAUGAUAACUGUGUCUGUGAUCCUGUUGUUGGUGAAGAACCGAAAGCACUGUAGAUUAGUUCGUCCUACACAAUCUCACUUAUGCUGCAUGUACCUACCUACGUAUUUGCUGAAUGAAAAUCAUUACUGUGUUUUUAUCGAAUGAUUAAGGUGAAUAUGCGUAGAUGAUCAUAUUA